GCGAGACAUCGGAGGAUCGAAUCCUGCCGUUCUCAUUUUUCUCUCGCCGAUCAUCUUUUUCCCGGAAUUCUUCUUCUUCUUCUUCCUCCUCCUCCUCCUCCUCCUCCGGCGAGAGUCGCGCCGGACGUCUCCGGUUUUGCAUGGACCAGAACAGGAGCAGGAAGGUGAAAUUCACGCCGAAAGCUCCCGCGCCUCGCAAGAAGCCCCCAACCGUCUCUCCCAAAACAGAGGCGAACGGGGGAGAUGGAGGCGAGGAAGCCGCGGUGGAGGCGGAGGCCCAGAUGCUGCUACGCCGUUUCAACGAGAAUUUCGGGCAACAAGGAGCCAGAGUUGGAAAUAAAUCUUCAGUGCAAGUGGCAUUUGGACCAGGAGCUCCAUCAUCUGCCUCAACCAUAAGGACCUUUGGUGUUCCCAAGGAAGAGAGAAGUGAUCAAGGCUGUGGUCCUAGGCUGAGAAGUUAUGCUGCUGCCAAGGGACAAACUAUCUCCCCGCCUAUAGUUGCUGAGACUGAUGCAACUGAUGCAACUAUGGAAGAUGCUACUGCUGAAGUUCCUCGGAAGAGCAAGAAAGAAUACAAAGAACCAUGGGAUUUCCACCAUUCGUACUAUCCAACUACACUACCUUUGAGAAUGCCUUACUCGGGAGACCCAGAAAUUCUAAAUGAGAAGGAAUUUGGAGAGGCCACUAGAAACUUUGAGUAUGAUGAGGGCAUCAUCAAUGCUGCUUCAGAUCUUGGUCUUCUGGAGGACAGUGGGAGAGGGAAAAUGUUGUUCUUUCAGCUUCCUCCUAAUUUGCCCUCAGUCAGGAGAUCAACAAGUGUAAAAGGGAAAGAGAAAGCUGAGAGCUCCGCAUCAUCGGCUGCAGAUGCCUCAGAGAGAGACUGCAAGUUGGAAGAUCUAUCAGGGGGAUAUAUGGGCAAACUGGUGGUUUACAAAAGCGGAGCUGUCAAGCUGAAGCUAGGAGAAACGCUGUACGAUGUUUCACCUGGAUCGGAUUGUAUAUUCGCUCAAGAUGUUGCUGUAGUCAACACUGCCGAUAAACACUUUUGCUCUCUAGGGGAAGUCGGAAAACGGGGGAUCAUAACUCCUGAUUUUGGCUCUUUGUUAAAUUAUAUCGCCGAUGCAGAUGCCAGAUGAUACUAACUACAAGAAGCGGGAGUGAGUUAAACUGUCAAUGCCUUGCCUGGUCGCAGCAUAUUUAGGACCUUGCUCAAUCUUCCAAGUACGAUUCUUGGUUUUUCAGCUUGUAAAGGGGUAGUUGCAGUUCUCAGCUUGUAAAGGGGUAGCUGCAGUUCGGAAGUUUAAAUCCCGGUAGGAACUUCCUAGCAUUUUUCAUGUAAAGGCAAGGUAAGUCCUUAGCUACGAAUUAAUCUGUAAGGAUAAAAGCUCCAACAUGCUUUGCGACUUUGAUCUUUGACUA